CUUCCCCUUCUCCACCUUAAGGCGAGCAGCAGCAGCAGCGACCAAUCACCAUGCCAUUACAGCCUUCAGAGGAAGCUGUUUAUGGGACUGCAGCGCUAAUUAGGCUCAUGAACUAACAAAUCUGCCUGCACGAAGCCGGCGAGGAAAACGAUCACAUCCAUGGAUUAGUCUGGGAGUAGCCGAGCGCUUUUUAUUUUUUGGCUUUCUCGACACUGCCGCCCUUUUUUCUCAACUUAAUUCCAGCGCAGAAACUUUCCCCCUUUUUUGGGUGUGGAGUAUUUUUUAAGCAAGAGCGCCUGUGACAACUUCAACCUAAACUGGGGAAUCUGGACUAUCAGACCAUGUUUCAACCCACACCCAAGAGGUGUUUUACUAUAGAGUCUUUAGUGGCGAAGGAUAAUCCGGUACCGGCGUCCCGCUCCGAGGAGCCCAUCAGGCCGGCGGCUCUCAGCUAUGCAAACUCCGGCCAAAUGAAUCCUUUUCUGAACGGUUUUCACUCCGGCGGCAGGGGCGUCUACUCGAAUCCGGACUUGGUGUUUGCCGAGGCGGUCUCUCAUCCGCCAAACUCCGCUGUCCCGGUGCAUCCGGUGGCCCCGCCUCACGCUUUGGCUCACCCGCUUUCGUCCCCACACAGUCCGCACCCGCUUUUUGCCAGCCAGCAAAGGGACCCCUCAACUUUCUACCCCUGGUUAUUACACAGAUAUAGGUACUUGGGUCACAGAUUUCAAGGUAAUGAAACGAGUCCAGAGAGCUUCCUUUUGCACAACGCGCUGGCAAGAAAGCCCAAAAGAAUCCGGACUGCUUUUUCACCUUCGCAACUCCUGCGGCUCGAACACGCGUUUGAGAAAAACCAUUACGUGGUGGGAGCAGAAAGAAAGCAGCUCGCCCACAGCCUUAGCCUCACAGAAACUCAGGUAAAAGUGUGGUUUCAGAACCGGAGGACGAAGUUCAAGCGGCAGAAGUUGGAGGAGGAGGGCUCGGAGUCUCAGCAGAAGAAAAAAGGAUCGCAUCACAUAAACCGGUGGAGACUGGCGACUAAACAGGCGAGCCCAGAGGAAAUUGAUGUCACUUCGGACGAUUAAAACAGACUUUACACACACGCAUAUAUAUAGAAGCUUCUGAAUGAAGGAGGACAUGGAUAAAUGAUGCCGUGUAAAGACAGUAAGAGGGUACAAAGCCAAUGUCAGAUUUCAGAUCUCCGGAGGUCGGCAGCUGAGGGGUGAGAGUAAUCCGGCUGGCGCUGCUUUCACCAGGCGUGUCUGUCAAUCCAAAUGACCCAGGAAAGCGUGAUUGUUAAGAGUCACAGUCCACCUACCUGAACCCUUCCAACUACCACCACUUCAAACCCUCACACCAACCUAAUUAUAUAUUUUUUUCCUCCCCAAUUCACAAUGGACGUUUGCACUUCAGAAGUUUUCUUUAUUUUUUAUUUUUAUUUUUUAAAGCAAAAGAGAAAGUUUCCACUCCAAGAUACCAAAACACCAAACUGCUUUUUGUAAAAGUUGAAUUGCAUGGUAUAGUAUUUUCCUGGUAGUUGUUUUAAUUUGACAAAAUUUUCUCAAACCAAGAAAAAAAAUCUGUUUUUGUUUUUAACUCUAUUUUCAAACUGAGACAUGUCGUGCUUCUUCCUUUUUACAAAGUGUGCAGUCUUUAAUUAAUGAUUCUCGUGUAAAAGUGAUUGUGAAAACAUAUGAAGUAGCGGUGAUGCGUUAUGGUGUUUUCUUUUUCUUUCUUUUUUUAAGUAAAGAGAAACUAAAUGAAUUUGGCUAAAUAUUUAAAUAUAAAUCUUUCUUAAAAAAAAAGGUGAAUCAGACCACAGAUCCAGGACUUAAAGGGACGGUAUCAGGACAUUCCUUUAUUCUAAAGCUUUACCAAUAAUGAGUCGCUGUGGCCCCGUUCAGCCUUCUGUCAGGACUUGACCCUCCAGUGAAAGUUGCAACGAAGGACUAAGUGCAAGAAUUGACAGAAAAAAGAAAAAAAAGGGGGAAAAAACUUCAAGCACUGAGCGUAUUCCAUGUACAGAAAUGCUAAAAGUUAAUGUUUCUGUUAAACCCUCUUUUACAGAAUGUAAAUAAUUUUUGUGUUUGUGUUAAGUUUGCUACAAUUUUAACAAAAAGUAUACUUCCAAGAAGUAUGUAAUUGUCAAUAUUUUGUCAAUAA